AUGGCCUCAUCUUCUUCCGCUGCUCCAUCUUCUCAAUCUCCAAAGAAAUAUGAUGUUUUUAUUAGUUUCAGAGGUGAGGACACCCGCUUCAACUUCACAAGCCACCUUCAUGAAGCUCUUCGCAGAAAACAAAUAGAUACAUACAUCGACUAUAGACUUGAGAAAGGAGAUGAUGUAUGGCCGUCUCUUGAGAAAGCCAUUGAAGAUUCAACUCUGUUCCUUGUGAUCUUCUCAGAAAACUAUGCAUCUUCCACGUGGUGCUUGACGGAGCUUGCAAAAAUAUUGGAGUGCUCCAAAAAUGAUCAAGGUCUCCUUGUUAUGCCAGUGUUCUAUAGAGUAGAUCCUUCAUAUGUGAGGAAGCAAUGUGGGAGUUACCACAAAGCAUUUGAAGAACAUGAGCGCAAAAGCAGCAUCAAUAAGUAUCAGCUGCAAAAGUGGAGGGAGGCUCUCACUCAUGCCGCCAAUUUAUCUGGGUGGCAUUGUAGCUUCGACAGGGAUGAAGCUGAGCUAAUUAAAGAAAUAGUGAAUCAUGUCAUACAAAAGUUGGGCCCUAGGUAUCAAAGUGAAGAUUAUCUAAAAGGCUUGAUUGGAAUUCACAAAAGAAUGGCAGAUGUACAAUCAUUGUUGGACAAAGGUUCAAACAACGGUGGCUGCCAAUUCAUUGGAAUUUGGGGCAUGGGCGGUUUGGGCAAAACAACUCUUGCAAAAGCAUUGUUUAAAAAAUUGCAUUUUACAUAUGAAGGGUCUUGCUUUUUGGCUAAUGUAAGGGAAGAAUCAAAGAAACAUGGAAUAGAUGCUUUGAGGGAAAAAAUUGUUUGGAGGUUAUUAGGGGAUAAAGAAUCCCACAUUGGCAAUGCAAUAUAUCCUUGUACCAUAAGUAGGCUUGGUAGGAAAAAAGUUUUCAUUGUGCUUGAUGAUGUUGAUGAUCUUGAGCAAAUAGAAAAUCUAGUUCGAGGACUUGAAUUUGGAUCAGGUAGUAAAAUUUUGAUAACAACCAGAGAUAAGCAAAUACUUGGUAAUGAAGUGGAUGAUAUAUAUGUGCUUCAGUGUUUGAAUCCUGAUGAAGCUUUUCAACUUUUCGCCUUGAAUGCCUUCAAAAAAGGCUAUGGUGACCCAAAGAUAAGGGUGCUAGCAGAAAAAGUGACUGAAUAUGUAGGUGGAAAUCCAUUGGCCCUAAAGGUUUUAGGCUCCUUCUUGCAUGGCAAAAAUCAAGAAGCAUGGGAAAGCCAACUGGGAAGUAUUGAAGGCAUGAUUAUGAACCUUUCAGAAGUUGAAGAGAUGGAUGUAAUUAUUAAAGCCUUUCGUUCAAUGCCCAAUCUGAAAUUUCUUAGGUUUUAUGGAAAUUUGAAUGGUCAGCUUAGCAACAAGUUAAAUGCUUCUAGUAUGAAGCUUUUGCCAAGAAAUCUCAUGCUAUUAGAUUGGGUGGGAUGCCCUUUAAAGUCCUUGCCAACAACAUUCAAUGGAGAAAAUCUUGUUGAAAUAAAAAUGCCCAACAGCAAUUUGACAAAACUCUGGGAUGGAGAGCAGAAUCUUGUGAAUUUAACCAAAAUUGAUCUUCAUGAAUCAAAAGACUUGACUGAGCUCCCAAAUUUUUCCAAGGCCAUACAUCUUGCAGAAGUUUAUCUUCAGGGUUGUUCAAAAUUGCUGAAUGUUCAUCCCUCUAUUUUAUCUCUCCAUAGCCUUUGUGGAUUAUUGCUAAGUGGUUGCAAAGCCCUUACCAACCUUACGAGCAACACCCAUCUCAAAUCACUAAGUAUGCUCGACUUGACGGGAUGCUCAGGACUACGCGAAUUUUCAGUGACCUCAGAAUAUAAUUUGUUUGAAUUGAUGCUUUGUGGAACAGCCAUCAAUGGUGAGUUGUCCUCAUCAAGCGGAUGUCUCAGCAAAAUUUAUUUUUUGGACCUAGAAAGAUGCGAAGGGGUGACAAGUCUUCACAAAUUGGUUGACAAGCACACCCUCCAACGCCUUCAUGCUGAUUAUUGUAAUAAGCUAGCAUCAAAUGGACGUUCCAUAUUUGAUGAGAUGCGUGCUUUGGAAGCUCUAGUGCUGAGGGGUUGUAGUGAAUUAUUUGAAGUUCCUGACAACAUCAGCUUGUUGUCGUCAUUAAGUCAGUUAGAUCUCUCGAGGAGUAAUAUAGAGACCUUGCCUUUAAGCAUCAAACAUCUUUCAAGCCUGCAAUGUCUCACCUUAGAUGGAUGCAAAAGGCUUCUGUCCCUACCACAACUCCCUCCCUCUAUCUGUACACUGGAAGCCAAUGGCUGCUGGUCCCUUGAGACUUUACAUUCACCUUUAAUGAGUGAAGAGAUAGAAGGAAAAAAUUAUUUUUAUGAUAACUUCAGUUUCAGAAGUUGCAUGAAGUUGGAUGGGCAGUCAAUCAAAGCUGUUGAGGCCAAAGUGCUACUUUACAUGAAUAAUAACAAAGACAUUCAUUACCGGGCUCAAAUGGAAUUUCCGGGAGGAAGAGUUGCGGAGUGGGUCAUGUAUAGGACUACACAGUCUUUGGUGACUGUGGAUCUCAGCUCGAUUCCACAACCUUGGGAUGGCGCCUUUAUUUGUUGUGCCGUGAUUUAUGGCUCACCAUCGCGGACUACAAUUGGUGCCAAAUUGUUUAUUGAUGGACAAUAUGCUUACAUGUCUCCAGGCGAGUCUUUUCAUGUGUCUCUGUUGUCACAUGUUUGUCUUUGGUACGAUGCAAAGUCAUGGAAAAAGGUACAAAGGACAAUUGAAGAAAAGAAAAGAGAAGCUCAAAGCAACACUACCUAUCAUCCAUUAUUGCUUCAAUUUGAAUUCACAGCCCUUUCGCCUUAUGAUGAUGAAACAACAGUAGUGAUCGAAGAGUGUGGGGUGUGCCCGACAUCUGCCGUUGAAUAUCAAAAUUACAUCAAACAAAUUCAAUUGGCAUUAUUGCAUCCGCAUCGUAGCUCUAAUGCAACGCAAUCGGCCUCUCAAAAGUGCAAUCGGCCUGCAAAGAAGCAGUCUGGAAAUAUAAUCACUAGAAAUUAA